GGCCGCCAUGUGGGCCUCCGGGCCUGCUGCCGGCCCGCGACGGCUGGCCGCCGACGAGCGCGCUCGCGCUGCUCGUCAAAAUGGCGGCGGCGCCUGUCGUCUUUCGUCUUUUGUCGCAUUUCGCACACGCGCGCGCCGCGCGACCCGCGUCGCUCCGCGAGGGCAUGAGCCUUCCGCGAUUCGAUCCCGCAGCCAAAAGCUGCUCGCUCGAACCGCGGCCGACUCCGCCAUCGCGGCCGCAGCUGUUGAGCUCUCCAGAAGACUGGCUAGAAGACUGGUGCCUGAUAUGCUGCCUCCGCCCUCCCUGUGGAUGCUGCCGGCGAGCCUGGCGGACCAUCGGGUCCUUCGGCCACCAAAGCGAGAUCACCCGAGAGCAGCUGAGUCUGCCUCUGGCCUCGCCUCCCUCUCCUUCAGGCAUUCGUGGCAUCCUAUGGGUCGUCCAGAGUAUCGACCUCUGGCUUUACACCGAUCGCCAUCUCGCUGGCCUCUCCGCAAGGCCCCCCGACCGCGUCGAACUCAUCGGCGCGGGCUCUCUCGGCUACGGGACCGGCCCCAGCUUCGCCUUCGGCUGAUCGUGAUUUCUGGUUGGUCUUCAAAAAUCUC